ACUCUCUACAUCUAUAAAGAUUGAGCAAAAAAAACCAGAUAUUUUUGAUCUUGACUAUUCAGGAAAUUUAUUUUUAAUGAAAGAUGUGACAAAGGAAUCUAAUAGGCUAAUUAGUAUGCUUAAAGCCAAAAUGUAUUCAGUUCUUUCUGCUAAGCAUGACUUAAAAACUUCUGAAACUAAAGCAGAUUAUGAGAAAAAACUAAAGAAGGAAGAAUUUAGAAAAUUUCAGGGUGUAAAGAAUUAG